UCAAUUAGGGGAUUUUGUUUGAGUGAUGAGGAUCCAGUGUGGGCGUGUGCAUAGGAGAACAGUGCACACGCUGAUCUGGGCCGUGGGUGGAGGUGUGGAUGGUGAGGAUAAUCUGGUGCGGCGCGGUCCAUGGAGAGAUGGUGCGCCUGCAGGAUCUGACCGCUGGAUGCAAAUUUAAUGGUGGGAGAAGAUACGGUGUGGACGAGCUCACCAUGACACUGAGGGACAUCUAAUGAAGAGCUGCAAAAAAAAAAAAAAAAGCUGUCUUCUAUAUAAAUAAAUAAACCAAAACCCCCCCAUCCCGUGCAAGAAGCGUAAUCGUAGUCGUUUGCUCUACUCACCCCGUUCAAGCAAUUGGGUUGCUGUUUUGCUGUCCGAUUCUGGUUGCUCGCAGAUUGUUUGGACGGCGGGUUCUUUUUCUCCGCCCGAUCAUCUUCUCCGGCCUCGGUUGGCCGAUCACCCAUAUAUACCGUCUCUGGUCGUGAUAUUUGAUUGUUCUUGUUCUCUCCGUUCAAGAAUGGAGUGCGACACACCGUUUGACGAUUCGUGCGCUGCUCGGUUUGGGGCCUUUUCAAUCAUUCCCAUAGCCGACCCAAAACCAUACACUCAAUUCUACGCCGACUUUCAGGUCCGGUUCACAUAUCCUCCGUCGGAUUUCAUGGACGACGAUGAUGAUUUGGAGGAGGACGACGACGAUAUUGGUUGCUUAGAGACAGAGUGCCGUUCUAUGCAAUUUUGGGUUCCAUGUGACGGAUUGACGUGUAACAACAAUAAUACAUGGUCAACAAUAUCAGAUAUGCUGUGUGACCUAGGUGUCCCCUUACGUGUUCAGCCUUUCAUGAUUUCUCGGAUCAUUCCAUCGGCCGAAUCUAUGGUGAAACAAAAUCUUGAUAAAAACUUAAUGGUAUUGCCUAUGGAAGUGUCUAUAGAUGUAGUGGGCCGUCCAGAAGAUGAAGAUGAAGAUGAAGAGGAAGACGAAGACGAAGAUACAACAAUGGUGCCAAUGGAGUCGAGGCGAGUGCCGGCUAGCGAGGCAUCCAUUGAGGGCUUAGAGAAGGUGAAAGUCAAAAAUUCAGAUAGUAAGAUGCAGUGUGUAAUAUGUUUGGAACAGCUUUUGGUUGGUUCGGAGGCAACCCGGAUGCCUUGCUUGCAUGAUUUUCAUAGGGAUUGCAUUGUUAAAUGGCUCGGAGUUAGUAACUUGUGUCCACUGUGUCGCUUUCGGAUGCCCACUUGAAGUUUUGAUAUUAGCACUGUGUGCCACGCCUGAUGUUAUUAUCUGUAUUUUAUUUGUUUGAGAAUUCUUUUUUGUUUUUGAACAUCCAUGUUCUUCCAAACUAUACAUAUUCUUUUCUUC